AUGGACGACAGCAGCGAGGACCAGCGGCUGCCGCACAGGCUGGACCCCAACCAGCCGUGCCCGGCCGCGGUGCUGCACUCGCUGGGAGUGCGGGUGUGGGCCCUGGACGCCGACGCCUACGCGGACGGCGACCCUCGGCUGGCCGCCAUCCGCAAGGCGCGCGGUUACAGCUACGAGGACUGCGUGACCAUCACCCCCGAGGCGCUGCCGGGCUACGAGGACAAGAUCCGCAGCUUCUACCAGGAGCACCUGCACACGGACGAGGAGAUCCGCUACAUCCUGGACGGCAGCGGCUACUUUGAUGUGCGGGACCUGGAGGACCGGUGGGUGCGCAUCUGGUGCCGGAAGGGCGCGCUGCUGGUGAUCCCCGAGGGCAUCUACCACCGCUUCACGCUGGACACCAGCAACCACGUCAAGGCCCUGCGGCUGUUUGUGGGCGUGCCGGUUUGGACGCCGCACAACCGGCCAGCGGAGGAUGUGCCGUCCCGAGCCAAGUACCUGGCCAGCGUGGCAGACACCGCGGUGGGGGCGGCGGCGUGA